AACAGACGGCGGUUGGAGAAGUGAGCAGCGGCCCUGCAUCAUCAGUAGCGGUAUCACCAUCGCCACAGCAGCGUCGCCGUCGCACCGCCCGGAGAGCCGGCACCAUGUCCUUCCCCAGGGCGCCGCUGAAACGUUUCAACGAGAGAAUGGGUUGUGCCCCUGCACCGGGCCAUUAUGACGUUAAACAGGCGGAGGGGUCCAAGGGCCCAGUAUCCUUUGAGAAAGCAAACCGAUUUCGAAAACAAAAAGAUGCAGGAGACCAAGUUGAUCUUGAUGUUGAGAAAGGACUGGUCUCACCAGCAAGCUCCAGGAAGAAUCCCAACUGUACUGCACCCGUUGGUCAAAUGGAUGCAACCUUGGCUCUAGAACACAAGAAGCAGAAAAUGUUGGAACAAGAGAUCCGGGGCCUGCUGCAACAUCGAGGGGAACAGGAUAAAAGGCUUCAGGCCCUGGAAGAAGAGCUGAAAAAGGUUGAAAGCAAACUGGCUGCAGCUGUGAGGGAGAAAUCGUCCCUGACAUCAAAUGUUGCUACCUUGGAAAGACAGCUUUCGGAGUUCCAUAAAGCCAAUGAGUUACUCAAGGCAAAGUGUUCUGAUGAUAGUAAGAAGAAGAAGAUUAAUGCUCUUUGCUUGGAAUUGAUUGAAGUGAAGAACAAGACUGAUGCCAAGGAUAAGGAGAUUAAUUACCUUCAGAUUAGUUUGGAAAGUCAAGUGAAACUCUUGCAAGCUGACCAGGAAGCUUCCAAAGCCACAGUGGCUGCAUUGCAAGAAAGAAACCGAUCAUUGGAAGAGAUGCACCAGGCAACAAAAUUCCAUAAUGAAGAUCUGGAAAAGGAAAUGGACAAGUUCCAUGCUCUAACUGAGGAAUUGCGUCAAGAGAAUACAGUCCUGCAAGAUUAUUUGGAGAAAGCCAAUGAAAAAAUUCAGGAUCUUCAACUAAAAUUGAGCUCUAACGUGAGUGAAUAUGAGAAUAAAUUACAGCUGAUGUCCACUGACAUGGAAGAAAAAUGCAUGGCUUCAACAGUCAAACAACAACAGACUGAGAAAGACCUAGGGGCCAUGCAGGAUCUUCUGAAGCAAUCCACAGACGACAUUGCUGAUCUUCAGGAAAAACUAACUUUAAUUGAAGAGCACAAACUGAAACUGGAGGAAGCCAAAAUUGAAACUGAACUGAAACUCUCCUGCUGUUUGGAAGAACUCAGCCAAAUAAAGAUACAGUUUGAAGGUACUAAAGAAGAAAUCAACCUGUCAGCAGAGCAGCUUGUUGAGAAGGAAAGGGAAACCAUAAACCUCCAAAACUGUCUCAAGGAGAGGGAGGCGAUUCACUGUGAGCAGAUACAAGAAAUAAAUACAAAGUGUCAGCUUCUUGAACAGGAGAAAGAAAGAGUAGAGGCAGAAUGCCGUGAGCUGGAGCAAAGUUUAACGAGAGAACUGGCUCUACUGAAGGAAAAGCUGGACAAAACGGAGCAAGAUCUGCAGCAGAAACAAGAUCUAAUUUUCUCCAUCACACAAGAAAAGGAAUUUUCCGUUUCCAUCCAUGAGCAACUUUAUGCCAUCCAUGGGGAGAUGAGUAAGGAGAAACUGGUGUUGGAGGAAGAGCUGGAAUGUGCAUUGGAUGAACUGGAACUGUUGCAGCUGAAGGAGGUGGAGGUAGAGAAGUUGGUUGGACAGCUGGAGGAAGAGAAUGAAAUGAAAACAAGACAGCUAGAUAAAUUGCAGGAAGAGUUGGAUGGGAAAAUUGCAGAACUGGGGAAGAUCAAUGAGAUUCACAACAAAGCGGUCAAUGAGUUACGCGAGGAACAGAGAAAAGCACUGCGGAAAUUGGGAGAUGUUGAAGCACAAUUUGAAAGUUACAGACUUUCUGUAACUGUGGAGCUGAAAUCUCGACAGGAGAGUAACACAACAUUGGCCAAGGAGCUUGCGGAGUUCCAGAACCAGAUCAAGGAACAGCAGCAGCAGCUGGCAGAGAGUCAACUCUCUAAAGACAAGGCAAAAGAGGAAUAUGCAAGAAUGCUGCUGGAAGUACAGAUGAAGUUGGCUCAGAAGAAACCUGAACUUAAAAAGUUGGAGGAAACUUACAACCUGAAAGUAAAUGAGUUGGAAAGAAAGCUGGAACAGGCUCUGGCAUUCCAAGUCGAGAAACAAAGGGGUGUAGCUGUGGAGGAGCAUGUUCUUGCAGAACUAAAAGCUGAAGUACAGAAGUGGCAAGCUCUUUAUGAAGAAUUACACAACAAGGUCAAACCUUUCCAGGACCAACUGGACUCGUUUGAAAGGGAGAAGAAUGCCGUCCUGAGUGAGCAUGGGGCAACCCAGGAAGAGCUGAAUAACCUGAGCACAGAUUAUGCCAAGCUGCUGGGCCAUCAAAACCAGAAACAAAAGAUAAAGCACGUGAUGAAGCUGAAGCAGGAGAACGCGCAGCUAAAACAGGAGAUGACUAAAUUACGAAGCCAACUAUCCAGGGAGAAGGCUGAGAAGAAAAACCAAGAACCGCAUGGCCAGAGCAUCAAGGGCUUCGAUCCAGCUAAAGCUUUCAAACAUACUGCAAAGGAAAAUGUGGUUCCAACCACGCCACUGAGAGAAGGGAACAUAAAUGUACAUUGAACACUGCACAUCUGAUGACCCGAGGUCUGAUUCCAAGUAUUCAGGCUGAGGAUUCAAGUGGACUGAGAUGCUGGUAAUGGCUUGUGUUGAAGGAGACCACAAAUGGAUCAUUAUGCACCACAGGAAAAGAUUUGCUCCGCAGAUUUAUUUUUCCAUACGAGUUGAGCCUUGAAUUUUAACUACAUAUUUAGUUAUAAACUCCCUUUGGAUUACAUUAAUUCAGAAUUAACUUUAUUAUUAUAAUAAUCGUACUCUGGUUUGCAAAAGACCGAAUGUAGGUGUGAUGUAUUGUAAAUAUUUCUGUAGGGUUUCUGGUCAGUUGUCAAUUAACGUCUGGGGGAAAAUGGUUCUGGUUUUGCAAAUAUUUCUAAGGAAUUACUUGCAAAAUACUGUUGACAAAGAUAGCAGGUGAUUUAAAAUUUAGAAGUUAUUUCUAUAGUCUCUCAUGGUUCAUAAGUACUUGUACAAAGGAUUCAUCUAAAUAAUUUAAUGCUAAGCUGGAUUGGGGUUGAAUCCUAAAUUGUAAACCUAACCAUUUAGCAGUUCUGAGAUGGUGUGGUAAAUGCCUCAUUUCUUCAGAACAGCCAAGUGAAUAUCAUUGAUGCACAGACUGAGACAUCCAGUCUAUGUGCACACUUCACCUAUUGAAGUCCAAGAUCUGUACUCAACUGUCGGCAAGAUGUUGGUCCUUUCGCAAUCCUAUAUUGUGUGAGGAAAACCUUUGUGUUGAGGCUUGGAGUGGGUACUUGUGUGAAGCGCUUGCUCUUGUAUGUUAUUCUCAAUCAUGUUCAAGUAUCAACAUUUUCAAGAAAGCCCCUCUGGAUUUUUGUUCAGUGGGUAAUUCUUGAUUCAAUACAGCCAUCUUCAUGCUCAUACCUAGUCAUGGUUUACAGUGUAAUCCUACAUCAAAGUCUGUGUGCAUGCACAUGCUUCUUGUGUAUAGCUUGGAAUGUGAGGUUCAAUUUAUCGGAAAUGUUCACUCUUUUGAUGAUUUACUGUGAAUAUGUAACAUGUAACAUUACUAUGUGCCAGUAAUCAGAAUGAUACCCUUUACAAAAAGGUAGUUUAAUUGAAGGUUCCUGCUGGACAUUUUCUCCGUGGAUAUAUAUACGUUUCUUUACAAGAAUUACUUCAAAACCUUGUAAUACUAAUAAAAUUAAUUAGCAACACUGAUGACUUAAAUCAAGGCUUGAAACAUGAAUAAAGAUGCUUUUAUGUGUGUUAAAA